AUGCGACUUGUAUUCGGGUCAUUGAUGGUAGUAGUACCAUUAAGUGUCUCUGGCAUCUCUUCCUCCAUCUCUUGGUGUUUAAAUUCAACUGCUACUGCUGUACUUACUUAUUGUGGUGAUCUAUGUUCUACAAGUGACCCUUGUGUCCAAUUUACGACCUUAUCCAGUUGUAAUGAAGCUUCACGGAAUGAGUGUGUCCGUCAUAGUUCGUCCUGUUCAUAUCAAUGUUUAAACGCAUACAAUUCAAUUGCAAGAAAGUUUACAGUUUUUGUUAAAGAACCGGCAUCUUCUGAUACGUGGACAUCUGAUCCCAGUGGCAAUUCCGCUGCUGCUUUUCCAAGUGCCGAGAUUGAUACAAUAAAUGGUGUUCAAUACGAUGAAGCGACGAGAAAUAUUCAGAUUACAGGAUUUGAUGAGACCGAUGUCCAAAAAGGAUCACUAAAGUUUGUGACGUUUGAUGAAAAUACUUUUGCAACAGCGACCGUAUUGGAACAAUUGAUCUUGACGAAUUUGGAUCUUGGAUCACUUCCUACUGGCUUUUUACCGACCACAAUUUCUCUAUUAACGAUGGAGAAUUGUAAUUUGGCCAGUUUACCGUUGCAGUUGGGCAACCUUGCAAACAAGAAUUUGGUGACGCUUAACCUCAACAAGAACACCAUGACUAGCGUGACAGAUACGGACAGCUCGGUAGCGGAGACUCUGCGAGGGCUGACCACACUGAACCUGACGGACAACUCGAUUGCCACUUUUGAAGUGGCACUUCCGUCAAUCACGACAUUAGAUUUAUCCAAGAACAAAUUGACCGAGUUUCCUUCGGCUAUCUUCAAAAUGACGAAUCUUAAUAUCCUAAAUAUCGCAGGUAACAGCAUCAGCAGUUUGACUGUAACGUCAACGCAAUACAACUUUCUGCGGAAACUUUCUUCUGACAGCACGCUAGAUAUCACCAGUGCUUGUACAAGUGGCACUACAACUGACGUCUUGGACUCGGUGGUUUGUGUAUCGAACGAUGUUGCGUCUUCGUCGUCCAGCUCUUCGUCCAGCAAUACCAUGACCAUUAUCGUCAUCGUUUUGGCUGUGAUAGUUGCGCUUGGCAUUGCAGGAUUCUUCUUUUAUCGCCACCGGAUGAAAGACCGCGGCUUUUACGUAUUGAACACGCCGGAUAUGGUGGGAAUAGCCACUCUCUCGUCAGGGAACAACACUCCGGCACGCAACAGGGCAGGAAGUCUUGGGCGUACUUCGGCACCACAACAGCAACCUCCAGCGGUUGUCGGUCGUACCCCUCGCAGUUCUAUUCCGAAUCUGUUGCAGCUCGCAGGAUUCUCAGAUCAUGGCAAGAAAAUGUCCGAUGUCCAACCUCGGCGCAGCAGCGCACAGUCUACCCUUCCUGCUAAGGCCAGUCGAUCUCGGAGCUCUAUGAUUAGUGCUAGUGUGGUCCAAAUUCCGAGCGACGAACUCAACUAUACUCGUAAAAUUGCUAGAGGUGCGUUCGGUGAGGUAUGGCUAGCGUUGCAUGGCAAGGACUUGGUGGCUGUCAAGAAGUUGAUCACUGUCGAGGGAACUAGUGUGCAGGACUUUGUUUCGGAGCUGAACCUGCUAGCAUCGCUGUCACAUCGAUGCAUCCUAACACUGAUCGGCGCUUGCUGGGAUGAUGAAUUAACCGAUAUCCAGAUCGUCAUGGAGUAUAUGGAUUCCGGAGACUUGCUGUCAGUUCUGCGUACGAACCCGCCGUCAGUACUGACUUGGGAGAACGGCAAGGUCGCGUACUGCGUGCAAGUCUGCGAGGCAGUUUACUACUUGCACAGCUUGCAGCCCGCACUAAUUCAUCGUGACAUCAAGUCACGUAACAUUCUGGUGGAUUCAGUGAAGGGAGCUAAGCUGUCCGAUUUUGGAGAAAGCCGUGAACGCACCGUGGCGCGAACCAUGACGGCUGGCGUUGGCACGGCUCGCUGGGUAGCGCCUGAAAUUAUCUUAGGCGAGGACUAUAGCGAACUUGCUGACAUUUAUUCGCUUGGUGUUUUGCUGACGGAGAUGGACACACACCAAAUUCCGUACCAGACCUUGGGUCUCGAGGAGUCAAUGAUCGUUCAACAAGUUGCUGUAGGAAAACUGAGACCCAAGGUGUCGGACACUUGCCCGGAAGUUGUCCGCCGACUGACUCAUGAGUGUCUUCAGUAUGAUCCCAGUCUGCGACCGUCGGCAGCACGCGUACUUCAGACUCUCAUGGCUUCAACACUGGUUCGUCGGCCAUCGAUUAAUCUGACACACAACUAG